AUGGCGGAGCUGGAGCUUGGCUCUUCGGCCAUCUGGGUUGGUGGAGCAGCCGUGUUCUGGGUGCUGGCAGUGGAACGAUACCUCCCGGAUCGUCCCGGCGCUAGUCGAUAUGACGUGACCCUGUAUGGCCAAGGAGACGGGGACAGGGGCCCACUGAAAUAUUCGCUGUCUCCGCAGCUAAACCGUUUAGUGGAAACAAACCGGUUAUGUUCGGGUUGCCAGCUCAGGUUGAGCCGCUGGUCAAUGCUGUCGGACGGGCAGAGGGUGAUAGACGGAGCCGAAGUGUUGAGGGGAGCCAUUCCACCACCAGCAUGUGUUGCCUUUCUGCCCGUCCCGCGCCCUUCACACUGCCGUGCCAAAUACUACCUGCCGCUCUGGGAGGACAGUGACUAUUAUGGAGAGGAAUGGAUUAUACAAACGCACAGCCAAGAACUUGUCAAUCUGGAAGAUGAGCAGAUAAUUACACUAAAGGAGUUGCAACUUAAUUGGAGAGGAAGGUUGAAAUUGGCUCCCCUAUUGGUGAGAGUAAUAUACAAAUCCAGAUUACGGCGUUAUGGAACAGCUGGCAAGAACAUUGAUUGGCCUUAUCAGGCUUACUUUGAAGUUGCUGACUGUUCAGGUAUGAUGUCAAUGGUUCUUUGGAAUUCACUAUGUCCAAGAUUUUUUCGAAGUUUAGAGGUUGGGACUGUAAUCUUUAUUCAGCAGUAUGUUGUGAAGGAUGCAUUCCAGAUGAGAACACGGCCAGUUUCGUACUACCCUGACUUAAAAACAUACAAAGAAAUAGAUAUUUCCUUGAACCCUCAGAAACCUGCUGCUGAUAUUAAGAUUAUUCCAGCAAAGCAAGUCAAACCUGAGUGGAGGCUUCCUAAUAUUAAGUAUCGUUUUAUUACCAGAGAUAUAUUGGACACUCUACCGGAUACCUAUGUUUGUGAUGUGAUUGGCCUUGUCACUUUUGUUGGCAGAUGUGAAAGAAUCAGAAAGAAGGAUGAUGAUGCUUUUUGGGUUCGACGGUUUGUUGAGAUGAUGGAUCAAACAAGCACAAAGCCAUUUAUUCUGGAACUUUAUUGCACUUCCCAACCAGACAUCUACAAUCAACUACAUCCAGUGAGUUUCUUAGUCUGUACCCAAAUGAGGGUUGUCAGAAAUAACUUCCACGAUGGAUGCAGUAUUGCAUAUUUGACUUCAUCCAGUGAGACUCAGAUUUAUAUCACAGGUUAUCACAAAAGAAGACCAUACACAAUUGACACUACAGUUAGAAGAUUUAUUCAGUGGGCAAAAUCACAACAUAAGAAAGAUUUUCUGGAAAAGUCUGUGGUUGGAGGAUAUUAUUCUUUUCCUCCUUUGCCUUCAAACUUUCAGGAGUACAGUCAAAAUAUGAAAGAGGUCACUGUUGUAUCACUACAGGAGUUCAAGGAAAUUGUAGAAAGUUUACAUUAUAGGGAACACAAGCAUAUGGUUGUUCAAGGAAUCAUCGUUGCUGUCAAAUAUAUAUCCCACACCACUUCUACUGGAUGUUUAAUAGACAAGAAACACACUCAGCUUUUACAAUCUGGAAGAAGUGAGCUAGACAGUUACACAUCCAGUGAAUAUAAAACAAAAAUGGUUAAUAACCAGUCAUCAACAGAAGAUUAUUUACAUAAUUUCAGUAAGACCAUCGAAAGCUUCGAACAAAUAUUGGAGUAUGAAGAUGAUGUUACGCUCCUUGCAAGAUCAAGAAAAUAUGAAGUUCUUCAGGCAUCCACUCUGAAAAAUUCAGCUCCUAAUCUUGAUCCAAGUUUAUUAUCCAAUAGUGAAGAAACAGAAGAUGAAUAUUUCACUGCUGAAGAAGAUAUCGCUGAAAUGGAUGAAGUUCCAAAAUCCAAAUCUUUAAAUUGGUCAUGGGAAAGUUCAAAGUGGUCAGAGAUUAAAGGUCGAGUGAAAGAAUUCUUAUCAUUUGGCCAACUUCUUCCUGAAAGUUGUCCACAAAAGUUUGAGUAUGCAAAAAAGGAAGCAAUAAUGAGCCAGCAUAACCUCCAAUCACCAAGAUGUUCUUCAUUUCUGCUUGAGUCCAAUAAUAAUGCGAGAGAUUUUGCCACUGCUUGGAGUUAUGGUCACUAUAUAUUGACGAUUGUUGGUCAAAUCAUGGGAACAGCAUCCAAACUAAAUGGAAAAUACCUUCUAUGUGCUUUGGAUCUUUACUGUCAUGGAAAUGAUCAAACAGAGGUCAUUUUAAGCAGAGCUUAUGCAAAAAGCUGA